AUGGCUGAAUGGAUGACAGGUAGCAAGGAUACACAGCUGAAUGGGUAUAUGGCCAGUGUUGGCGAGAUCUAUUUCCAUCACACACCCAAUGACAUCUUUAGGACCUACUUUUCCACGGCUGCCAAAGAGGGCAAGCCUAGACUCCAGAAAUGGAAACAGAUUCGGAGGAAUCGAAAACUGGGUAACAACGAGGUACAGGAACUGCGUUCAGACGUGACGGAGUGGACCUCUUGGUUCAACAUCGACCAUCCUGGCGGGAACGGGGACUUUGAGCGGCUGGAGGCCAUCCGCUUCUAUUACCGGGAGCGCGUGUGCGCGCGGCCGACGUCCAUCGAGGCGCGCACCACCGACUGGGUGAAAGCCGAGCAAACCGGGGAGGUGGUCCACUCCAGCCCCGACAAGGGCUUCUGGUGUGUGAACAAGGAGCAGCAGCAGGGCAGAGUUUGCUCCAACUACCACAUACGAUUCAAGUGUCCCGUAGUUCACACCCACUGGUCGCAGUGGUCAGAGUGGAGUCAAUGUUCAGCCACGGCAUGUGGUGGACCAGGUGUCCAAGCUCGGCAGCGCACUUGCACGAACAACAUGCGUUUCCGGUACCUCACGCUUCCCAGAUGCCAGGGAAAGGCCAUCAAGCGGCGAGAAUGCAGCAUGCCCGCAUGUCAAGAGGCCCAUUGGACAGAGUGGGGACCUUGGACUGCAUGCUCAGUCACUUGUGGCAGUGGUCACUCCCUGCGCCGCCGAGAUUGCUCCCGGACCUCGGAUGAGCAGACUUGUGUUGGACGCCCAGCUGAAGUCAAAAAAUGCAUUGAAUCACCUUGCUCAGGUACGGAACUGCAGUGUCAGCUUGUGUGCACGAUGGGCCGUGUGAAUGAAGAAUGCAAUGGCUGCAUUUGUGACCAACACAUCCUACUGGGGACGGUCCGUUCUACAGAUGGGGCACCCCUCACUGGCAGCAGGAUAGCCAUGGAGGACCAGCCCUUCGUGACGUUAACAACAACCGAUGAAACUGGUUCUUUCCGGAUCCCUGGAGUGUGUGCCCACACCCAGAAUCGUGUGCUGGUCGAGCACAGAAAGUUUGUUCCUUCUGUAUUCCGAGCUGUUCAGAACAGUACAGAUGUUUCAGUGAUCAAGGCAAUUCUCACAAGAGUAGAAAACCCUUACAUAGUGAAACACCCAGAGACUAAAGUGCGAUUUGAAGAUCAGCAGGUGACCUUCUGUUGCAAAGCCACAGGAGCUCCAACACCACUAAAAUAUUUCUGGUAUCACAAUGGGACUCUCCUUGACACUAAGAAUGAAGGCACUCUCGUGCUGAGGGACCUGAAGAGGUGGCAGGAAGGUGAAUACUACUGUAAUGUUACCAAUGGGUUUGGUUUCAUCAAAUCAGCACCAGCAACACUCACAGUCAUCGCCAAAGGACAACCAAAUUGCAAGUCAAAACCACUGGAGCACUUCAUCAAACUGCCCGGGGACUGUUUCCAGGCUGCUACCAAUUCCUUCUACUACAAUGUCAGGAAGUGUCCCAAUGUAGGUUGCACUGGUGAUCUGGGCGAUGAGCUCCGCUGUAAGGACAACACCAACUACUGCUGUGGGGUGAAGCGGACAGAGUACAAGGAGAUCACCUGCCAGGGAUACACCCUUCCUGUCAAGGUGGUAGCUAAGUGUGGUUGCAGGAGGUGCACGGAGCCCAAGGUGUUGGUCCAAGGCCAGGCAGUGGCGGCGGAUAAUGGGGAGCCCCUACGCUUUGGACAGAUCUUCAUUGGCGGUGAGCACGUUGGCCUCACUGGCUACAAGGGGACCUUCACCAUUCAGGUGCCUCAGGAGACAGAAAGGCUUGUUGUGCAGUUUGUGGACAGGCUGGGCAAGUUUGUAGACACAGUUAAAGUCUUUCCCUUUGACCGCAGGAGUGGCGCGGUGUACUUCAAGGUUAAACUCUUGAGAAAAUCAGAAACAAUUGAAGUUGAUUCCACUAAAGGUAUCACCAUACCUCUGGGGGAAAUGGAAGGGGAGGACACCAUUGGAGAGAUUGAAAUUCCACCCAAUUCCUUCCGUCGAAGCAAUGGGGAGAGUUACAGUGGAAAGGUCAAAGCUACUGUGACUUUUCUGGACCCGAGGAAUAUCAGUCUGGCUAUGACUGCUUCGAGUGAUCUCAGCUUUGUGGACAAUGAGGGCAAUGUUCAACCACUGAGGACCUAUGGCAUGUUCUCGGCAGACUUCCGAGAGGAAUCAUCCAACCAGCCGCUAGAUGCAGCCGGAGUGCAGGUUUACCUGGACACAGCUAGUGUCAAGAUGCCUGAGCACGUGCAGAAGAUGAAGCUGUGGUCACUGAACCCGGACACGGGUUUCUGGGAGGAGGAGGGCCUCUUCCACAUCCAGAAGAAGAAGCGGAACAAGCGUGAGGAGAGGACGUUCCUGAUCGGCAACAUGGAGAUCCGGGAGCGGCGGCUGUUCAACCUAGAUGUUCCUGAGGGCAGGCGUUGCUAUGUGAAAGUUCGGGCCUACAUGAGUGAGAAGUUCCUGCCUGGAGAGCAGCUGGAGGGAGUGGUGAUAUCACUGAUUAACCUCGAGCCAUUGCCUGGCUAUACAGCCAACCCUCGGGCUUGGGGGCGAUUCGACAGUGUAAUAACCGGGCCCAAUGGAGCUUGCCUUCCCGCUUUCUGCGACGCUGCCCGGCCGGAUGCCUACACAGCUUAUGUCACAGCCACUCUUGGUGCUGAGGAGCUGGAAGCCGCUGCCUCAAGCCCUAAAAUGAACCCCAACAUAAUUGGGGUGUCUCAGCCCUUCCUGGGCAAACUGGACUACCAGAGAACCGACCACAAGGACAAGCAGCUGAAGAAAACUGCCUUUAAAAUUAAUCUCCCUAAGCCCAAUGCAAACAACAUUGACGAGACCAAUGGUCCAAUAUACCCAUAUCAAAACAUGAGAGACUGUGAGGACGCCCCAGUCUCGGCCAACCACUUCAGGUUUUACAAAGUGGAAAAGGACAAGUACGAAUACAACGUGGUUCCUUUUGAGGAGAAUGACUUGACCAGUUGGACUGGUGACCACCUUGCUUGGUGGCCGAACCCACAAGAGUUCCGGGCCUGCUACAUCAAGGUCAAAGUGAAUGGACCGGAGGAGGUCAUGGUGAGGUCGCGCAAUUACGGUGGCACUCACCCAGAGACGACGGGGCAGCUGUACGGUAUCCGUGACACGCGCAGCGUCCAUGACCUGGUCAGGGCGAGUGUUUCAUCGGCUUGUGUUGAGUUCAAGUGCGGCGGCAUGCUGUUCGACCAAAGCGCGGUGGACCGCACCCUAGUGACGCUGAUCCCCCAGGGCAACUGCCGUCGAACUGCAAUUAACAGCCUGUUGCAGGAGUACCUGCGCAGACACCCGCCACUGGCCGUGAACAACGACACAGCAGCAUUCAGCAUGCUGGCCCCUGUUGACCCAUUGGGCCACAACUACGGCAUCUACACUGUGACCGACCAGAACCCCAGGCUGGCCAAGGAGAUUGCCAUUGGCCGCUGCUUUGACGGCACCUCCGAUGGCUUUUCCCGAGAGAUGAAGGUUAACGUGGGCAACGCCCUGACCUUUAGCUGUCAGGAGAAGGCGGUGACCCGGCAGAGCCUCUUCCAGCGUAUCCAGAACUCCCCGGCUGAGACCAUAGCAGAAAUUGGGGCGGAAAUGAGGAGAAUGGUCCAAACACGACCCGCCCAGUCACGGAUUGUGGCCUAUCCCUCGGGGCAAAGGAAUCGCCGGACCAGGGGAAGUGAGCGGAAGAGUAGACCGGCCCGGCAGUAG